GCAGGGGUGGUUGCUGGUUACUGGUUGGAGCGGAGCCGUGAGCCGUCAGUCUUCCGUCUUCCAUGGGCCUUGAUGCGUGCCUCUAGGCGCUUUCGCCUGCUGCCCAACUGUCCUUGUCUGCUGCUCACUGUCCUCGUCUGUCUGCCGGCCACUCUGCUCCUCAUCACCAUCAUCCAGCAUCCCUCCGCCGGCAUCAGGCAUCACACCCCGCAUCAGCAGGAGCAGCAUUAUCGAAACGGCAGUAAUGGCGGUGGCGGUAGCGGCAGCGCGGAAGCGUUCCGCGAACGCAUGUUGGCGCGGAUGGCGUCGCGACGCACACACUUGCACGCGGCAUGCACGCGUCUCGGCCUCCACCUGCCCGCCAACGACACACUGCAUCGGCCCAACCCCUGGGAGUUUUUCAUCAACCGCAAACACCAUCUCAUCUGGUGCAACGUAUUCAAGGCGGCGUCUUCAUCAUGGAUGUACAAUUUCAACAUUCUAGCCGGGUACACGCCGGCCUACCUGCGUCGCACCAACACGGUGGCUCUGACCCUGGCACGCCGGCGCUACCCUCGGCCAAGCCUCGCCCAACUGCGCCAGGCACUCAACGAGUCGCUCGCCUUCCUCGUCGUGCGUCAUCCCUUCGAGCGUCUGCUCUCCGCCUAUCGCGACAAGAUUCAGGGCGCCUGGCCCAACACGCUGCACGAGAAGCUCGGACAACAUAUUGUCAGCAAGUACCGCCUCGCCACAACCCAACAGGACAAAAAAUCAAUGAAAUCGAAAAAGUCCUACAAUCCAAGAUGGCCUACAUUCUCGGAGUUCGUGCGCUAUUUGAUAGACGUUCAUAGGAAAGGGGAAGUUCUCGACAUGCACUGGACUCCAAUCAUCGAGUUCUGUACGCCGUGCCACAUCGAAUUCGACAUCAUUGCCAAGUUCGAGACACUUCAUGAAGACCAAAGGUACCUGAUAGAUUUAGCAGGCUUGGGACACAUUAUAAAGCCUGAAUGGAAGAAUCCUAGUAAGGGAAGAAAUACGAAAGAAGUGAUUAGCACAUACUUCUCUCAGCUAACAAUUCGCCAAAUGAUACAACUUUACAACAUCUACAGGUUUGAUUUUGAAGUUUUCGACUACUCUUUGGACGAUUACACCCGAAUGGCGAAGCUGGAGCCAUCUAGUCCCACUUCUUUACCUUGAUCGUGCCUCAAACAGAAGCUUAUGUGAUAAUUUUUAAACGAUUAAUUGUUACGUAGUUAGUCCGAUAAGUCACCUAGCAAUAAGGUUUGUUUAGUAUGAAGAUACAGUGGUAAGAAGAUUGUUAAAACUUCAUAAUCAUCGAGAAUAGAAUAUAAUUCCUACAGCAGAAUCAAUAAUUGGUACAGAUUAUUCAGGGAUUUUCAUUCAUAGAAGAAUAAAUUCUUACUAUAUUAAGCCAGAAGGCUGAAUGAAUUACAAAAAGUCAUAUCGGAUUGUAACAUUGAAUAAACACCAAGUUCUUAAAAUGUAUGAAUUCAGGGCUAUUUUAUAAUUAAAUUGUAUUAUUGAUCUAUUAUUUUAUCAAUUUCAAAGGGUACUAUAGUUCUAUUUUAUAAACACCAAGUUAUCAACAAAUUUUGAUACGAGCAGAAAUCAGACAAUUCAAUCCAGCAUUGAGCUUAUUCCUGAAGUUUUAAGAUCUAUAAACCCUUAGAAUUUCACAAAUUUUUAAAAAAUUCUUGUAUUUUACAAAGUUUUAGUGAGUUUUAAUUCAAACUGAUAAUGUUUAUGUGAUACUCAUACAUUCCAGAAUAUUUGGAGAAAUACUAAAUAAAUGGAGCAAAUAAUGGAUGAGUAUCUUACCCUAUUUUCUAAUUUGGAAACUGAAAAUACAUUAAAUUCACAUUUUCAUAUUAUUUUUGCUCUAUUGGUGAAAUAUAAUGAAGAGCAAGUACUAAAUUUUCAUUAUACCAUGUACAUUAUUUUAUUCCUUAUUUUGAUUGUUCGUAUUUUGAUGAAUAUCAAACAAACAAUGCAAUGGAAUAUUACAUUAAAAGAAAUUUCAAAAUAAUUUGAUUACUAAAAAAUGUAACAGAACAAAUUUAGGAAAUUGAGCAAUGGAUAGCUUCCAUUCAACAUGUACGCCAUAAAUCCCCCAUUUGAUUCAACGAUGCUCUGUGGAAAUCAGUACUGUACUUAAAUCUCCCUAAGGUUCCAAAAUAUUAGAAACGAGCUUCAACUAUUUUAUCAAUUUUUCACUGAUAAGUGGAUUCUUUCGAUGUCAACAAUAGAAUAAUUGAAAAAUAAUAGAUAGAUUAGGCUCAAAUACUUUUCUCUUUAAUUCGUUGACAUGAAAUUGGCGUUCUACUUUAUACAAAUGGAUGUCGAAAGCAAUAUUUUGGGCAGAAAAUGAAUGAUCUACAUUUUUGAAGACGUUUCAUAUCUCUGAAAUAAAAUCUAAGUCCUAGGACAUACUCAAGCUGUUCAAGAAUAAAUACUGUAGAAAUGGUACUGUAGUUGAUGAAGUUUAUGAAGCUUUUAAUAUUGGAUUCAUGCAUUUUCGACUGAUAGCUUAAAUUUGAAACAGUUAGGGUAUGAUAUUCUAGGAAUUGAUUGUACUUUUGCAUAGAAAACGUAUGAAUGGAUCUAGAAAUUAACUAAUUGCGAUAUCUUAAAGAUAAAUAUAGAGUACAUGAAGUUAAAAAUCAAGUAACAAAACAAUCAGAAUUUGAAAUUAGAUCCUUUAACGUGCUUAUCUUAUCACACGAUGAAUUUUAUCAGGAUGUUGAAAAUUAAAAUAUUUUAUUCAAUUGAAAUAGUGCUAGGCCUAUAUUAACGUUGGAAUUACAAUUAAUCAUGAUCGUUCAAAUAGGGAAGUGAUUAUAUCGCCUUUCAAAUAUGGUUUGAAUAGAAGUUUAGAUUGAAAAUGCUAUUCUAAUGAAAUUUUUAGAUAAUGCAUUUAUUUUCCACUUAAUUGUUUUUUUAACAUCAACUAUCUAUAAAUUAGAAGAUGAAUUAUAGAAACUAUAAUUUAUAUAAAUUUCAACUAUAAAUUAUUAAAACUGAAUUGUUUUUUUCAACAUUAACUAUCUACAUUAACCUCUACUUUAUAGACACGAGAAAAAACUUUGGUACUAACAUUAUUUGAAUUAGAUAUGUAUCCAAAUUAAUACCUAACCAAAAUCUGAUACUCAUGUUUUUUACUACGGGUUUCUGUUAAAACAAGAACAUCAACUUCAAAUUUCAAACAGAAUAUAGCUCCAUCAAGAGAGUUAAAUUAUUUGAGAGGCUUGAUAUAACAUGGAAACGUAUAGAAUGAACGAAAAACUUGAUAAGACACCAAAACUAUCAUAUCAAACAACGAUGACCGAAUCUUAAAUGAAUACAACACGUAAUAACAUUUUAUUUUUGAGAUGAAGAUGAUAUAAUUUUGAGUAUUACAGUGAGGUAUAUAUAUUUAUUGCUUUAUUGUUUUGCACACUCACUAAGUUUUCCUGCACUUUGUUCAUGAUUUUAAAAAUACCAUUGAGUGCCGUUUGCACAGUAUCCGUUAAAUUUGUACGAAAUUUCAUUCUAAACUGGAUUAAAUCGAUAUUAAAUCUAGUUUGUUUCAAUGUGGUUCAUUUCAAGCCACCACCCGAUACAAUUCAGUUUAAACUGUGCAAACGGCCACAAUUAUCACAAGUUUAGAUGAUUUUAUGCACGAUAUUUUAUUGGUUAGUUUUAAUAAUGUUGAAAAUUGAUUACCAUCAAUAAUACCAGUUGUUUUGCUUUAAAAGAACUAUUAAUUAGUGAACUAAUGCAAAUAAUUGUGUACAUAGUGUAAAAAUAUACAAUUGUUGAAGAGUUUA